AAAAGGAGUCCAGACAUUACCAAAGCCGAGGGUACAAAGUCAGAGCAGCUGCUGAGGAUAGACGACCACGACUUUACUAUGCGACCAGGAUUUGGAGGGCCUGCAGUCCCAGUUGGAGUGGACGUUCAGGUAGAAAGCCUGGAUGCUAUUUCAGAGGUUGAUAUGGACUUUACCAUGACCUUAUACCUGAGGCACUACUGGAAAGAUGAACGUCUGUCCUUUAGAAGCAACAAGAACCAGAGUAUGACAUUUGACGGCCGCCUGGUGAAGAAGAUCUGGGUACCUGACAUGUUUUUUGUCCACUCUAAGAAGUCCUUCACACAUGACACCACCACUGACAACGUUAUGCUGCGAGUCUACCCAGAUGGCAAAGUCCUCUACAGCCUCAGAGUUACAGUCACAUCCAUGUGCAGCAUGGACCUGAGUCGCUUUCCUCUUGACACACAGACAUGCUCUUUGGAGAUAGAGAGCUAUGCGUACACAGAUGAUGACCUAAUGCUGUACUGGAAGGAAGGGAACCGCUCAUUAAACACAGAUGAAAGAAUAUCUCUCUCUCAGUUCCUCAUUCAGGAGUUCCACACCACCACCAAGCUGGCAUUCUACAGCAGCACAGGCUGGUACAACCGUCUGUACAUCAACUUCACUCUGCGGCGUCACAUCUUCUUUUUCCUGCUGCAGACCUACUUUCCUGCCACGCUGAUGGUCAUGUUGUCCUGGGUGUCCUUCUGGAUUGACCGAAGGGCCGUGCCCGCUAGAGUACCGUUAGGUAUAACCACAGUGCUCACCAUGUCUACCAUCAUCACUGGAGUCAACGCCUCCAUGCCCAGGGUCUCCUACAUCAAAGCUGUGGAUAUUUACCUCUGGGUUAGUUUUGUCUUUGUCUUCCUGUCUGUGAUCGAGUACGCUGCCGUCAACUACCUGUCCACACUGCAAGAACGCAAGGAGAGGAAACUCAGAGAUAGGGUGAGUGAGUCUUUGCAGCUGCCGUGUACCUGUGGUAUGUCCCAUCCUGGUACGAUGUCAGCCAGCUACAGUGAGGUGGAUGUCAACAACACAGGGAACUACGGCCUGCCAGAAGAGAACGGGGUGAAACGGGAGAGGAUACUGGUGCAGCUGGCGAUGGAGAGCGACCCGAUCACCGGCCACGUCGGCUCCGGCGCUUACAGCAGCGUCUUGAUCGACACUCACGCUAUAGACAAGUACUCACGGGUCAUCUUUCCUGGAUCUUACGUCCUCUUCAACAUCAUCUACUGGUCGAUCUACUGUUAA